AUAAUUGACCGGUCUCUUGUCGCAAUGUUUUGCAGCCCAACUAUUAAUAGAUGUGCUGUGGUCAUACACUCUUAACUAUCAAAAACAUCUAUCCUCACAACAAACCGAACAAGCUCAAGUAACGAAAUCAAAGCAUGGGAAGCCUCAAAUCUCUGGUUAUCUUGGCUUUGCUUUUUUCCCUCUCUGUCGCUGUUUUUGCCGACACAUCCAACGAUGCUUCUACACCUAAAGAUGAAGUGAAGCCAAGUGAAGCGACCGAUGCCGAAGCCGAGGCCAACGAUGUUGUUGUUGAACCUCAGCAGCGGGUCCGUUGUGGCUGUAUAAACGGGUGUUGCGGAAUCUGCAAUUAUGGACGGUGCAGCUACUGUUGUCCCAGACAACAAUCCGAGGAGGCCGUGGAAACCGAAGCUAUUGAUGCCAACGUUGUUGAACCUCAGCAAGGGGGCCGUUGUGGCUGUAGAUACAGAUGUUGCGGAAUCUGCCGUUAUGGACGGUGCAGCUACUGUUGUCCCAGACAACAAUCCGAGGAGGCCGUGGAAACCGAAGCUAUUGAUGCCAACGUUGUUGAACCUCAGCAAGGGGGCCGUUGUGGCUGUAGAUACAGAUGUUGCGGAAUCUGCCGUUAUGGACGGUGCAGCUACUGUUGCCCACGUGCUCAAGCGGAGGCUGAAGUUAUUGAGCCCCAACAACGUAGCAGAUGUAGGUACGGUUGCUGCGGAAGCUACGCUUAUGGGCAGUGCAGUGCUUGUUGUUCCAAGAAGAUGGCUACUGAAGAAGCGGAGAAAAAGGAAGAAGCUAAGCCAUGAAUGGUGUGUAACACAAACUCUAUGUUUGUACUUUGUAUGCAUGGACGCAUGGUAUAUAUUACUGUUUCGUACGUAUGUCAAAAUAAGAGAAAAAUGAUGCUAUGAGAAGGUCUAUAGCUCAAUAAAAAAAGUCAUAGGAUCAUAUAAUAUGUAUUUUGUUAUGUAGUGUUUUCCUCGUGAAGAUUGUAAUAAUAACUACUGUUUAAAUAUUAAA